AUGCCCAUCAUAAACGGGCAAAAAAUGGCCUGCGGGCCAUGCAUUCGCGGCCAUCGCUCUACGAAAUGCAACCACUAUAACGAGCGGGUGAUGGUGCCGGUGAGGAAGCCUGGUCGCCCCCUGAGCACCUGCCCCUGCCCACCUGGGAAACCAUGUGUAUGCGGCGGCGUUAGAGUUGCCAUUCCGAAGAAGCAAAAGUGCCAUUGUCCAGCUGGGACUGUCGACAGUGCUACCAGUUCCGAGUUCGACCCUUCGCCAGUUGACACACCCAUCUCACCAGCAUCACGCACCUCUUCGAAUCGAGUCACCAAGUCGGGUUCGGGGUCCAAGUCAGCCAGCCGAAGGCAAUCGCUUGCGCUUGCGAACUUGGAGAGGAUGGAUCCCAACUCCAUCAACCUGAUCCCGUCGCCCAAUGGAAAUGGAAUGAUUGGGAUCACGGCCAUGGUGAGCCCAAGGGACGCGACGUUUGGACAUCCGAUGGGGAUGGUACCCAUGGGACCUCGGGAGUCUUUUGUGCCUGCACCACCACCGGAUUUUGGUGGCCCAAUGGGAUACAAUAUGCCCCCAAGCAUGCCGCCACACAUGCCACCGCCUCACUAUCCCCCGCAUAUUCAGAUCCCGCAGCAUAUCAAGACGGAAAAUGGCGGAUUCGUGCCGAUGCUGAACGGGACUUUUGUCUCGCCAGUGCCCAUUCCCGCCUUUGUCGAUGGCCCUCACCCACAGGGAAUGCAGGCAUUCAACGGGCCGCCGCCGCCACCACCUUCCAAUCCUGUUCUCGAGCCAUCGGCCAUGUCCAAGCCGAAGGGAGGUUCGGGAGGCGGGGGCUGCUGUGGUGGUGGCAAGAAGGCACCCCAAAUUCAGGCGCCUCCUCCAGUGCCGGCUCCUCUUCCUACCCCUCCUCAGCAGCAGAUGCCGAACAUAAUGCCACCACCCCAACCACAGAACGCCCCGUCAGGCGGAGGCGGCAGCUGUUGCAGCAGCAAAUCUUCGCAGCCACCCCCCAUGCCCCAGAUGAGCCCCAACGCUAUGCAGGCACCCCCUCAGCCGGGUUUUGGUCAGGGAUUCAUGCCCCAGUAUCAGACUCCGAUCGAUAUCAAGAUGGAAAACAUGCACCACCAUCAGCCAUUCCAGUUUCCCGGCCAGACUGUGUUCACCUAUCCCGCCGAGUAUGGCUCAUGGCAGAUGCCCAUCAACCCAGCCAUCUGGCAGCAAGUUGUCUCGCGGCCGCCCACGCAGCAGCAACACGAGACGCCUAUUUCUGCCACUGCUCCCAACGGCAACAACGGUACCGUGGGCGGGAACUCUCACGAGUGCGGCUGUGGUGAGGGCUGCCAGUGUGUUGGCUGCCUGGCUCAUCCGUUCAACUCGCAAAUGCUUCAGUAUGUGCAGAACGCCUACAGCCCCAACAGCAGCCACGGCAACAGCGGGAGCGCGGAUUCCAGCGCCAAUGCCAGUCCCAGCGCGAACCCUUUGAACCUAGCGAGUCCUGUGGAGAUUCCCAGCGGGCCGGAGCUGCCGCCAUCACACCAGACACAACCGCAGCCACCACCAAGGCCGAACGCGAACGAGUCUGAUGGCUCGUCGAACGCGCCCACUCCGCCGAACGAGGGAUCGCCGGCUCUGUCGAACGAGGAGGAGCUGACGGCGCUGGAUUACUAUUUUGUCCACUUGCCCAUUUCGGCUUUGUGUGGGGGGGCGUUGGACAUGUGCCCUUGCGACGAGUCUUGCGAGUGUGUGGGUUGUUUGGUGCAUAACACUGCGGGAUUCCCUCAGGGGGAUGGGGGAUUCUCUUAG